UGUCUGUGCUUUGAACUUUCAAACACUCUCCAAUCAAAACCAUCUUUCUCUUCUUGUGAAUCCAAUUUUCUUCAAGUCUUCCCUUUUCUUCUCCAAGAUUCAUCGAAAUUCCAACAGAAAGAUUCAGAGUUUCGAAAACUACACUCGUUUUCCUUUCUUUAAAGCUUAAACUAGAGAAGAAUCUCACACUUAUCGAAGAAAGAAUGCUCUUCAAUACUCUCAAGAAGAAAAUGUGGAUGUUUUCUCACUAAAUUAUCUCCAUCUACCUUGAACCCAGAAUUUGUCCUUUUUGCGGUAUGGAAGGCAUGAUCAUAGCCUCAAGAAUCACUAGCAAGGCUGUUAAACAACAAAACUUCCCUCUUCAAAACAUCUCCUUCUGGUUCGCUCCCACUACUCGUCCUCCAGGCUUACUCCACUCCACUUUCGGCUCAUAAAACUAACAACCUAGCAUUUACAGGCUCUCUUCUUCGUCUAAUUCUUCUUGCAAUGAUCAGCUACAAUUAUAACUCGAGCUCUGCAUCAUCUGGGCAUGGUUAUUUUAACGCGUUGGAUCCAUUUUCAUGUAGUUUAGAAGGUUCUAAUGGGGUUCUGCGAGGUGGGUCGUUGGUCUCGCAGGCUUUGGUGUUGGACAGUGAGAAGGGAGAACUCGUAAAAGCACCGGCGACGAGAAUCGGUAAGAAAGGGAUGUCUGAGGCCAAGGUUCUGGCAGCUCUGAAGAGCCAUAGUGAGGCUGAGAAAAGGAGGAGAGAGAGGAUCAAUGCUCAUCUCGCCUCUCUUCGCGGUCUUGUUCCCUGCGGCGAAAAGAAGAUGGACAAAGCCACAUUGCUUGCUGAAGUCAUUAACCAAGUGAAAGAACUGAAAAAGAAUGCAAUGGAAGCCAGCAAAGGUCUUCUAAUUCCAAUGGAUGAUGAUGAAGUGAAAGUUGAAACACAUGACAAUGGAACAGGACAUGGAACUUUGUCUUUUAAAGCAUUCUUAUGUUGCGAAUAUCGACCCGAGCUUCUGUCUGACAUAAGACAAGCAGUUGAUUCCCUGCAGUUGAAAAUGGUGGAUGCAGAAAUAUCAACCUUAGGAAGCAGGCUAAAGCUUGUUCUUUUUCUAACCAGCUGCAGAAAUAAAAGUGCUGUUGAUGAUCAUGAGGCAACACAGCUUCUCACAAAUUCUAUUCACCAAUCUCUGAAAUCUAUCAUGGAGAAAGGCUAUAUCUCAGCUGAAUAUUCACCAAGAACAACACUUCCAAACAAGAGGAGGAGGGUGAGUUUCUUUGACUCCUCCAGCUCAUCUUCUUAAGAGCCAAUUCUUGUUGCUGUUGGUGGUGAUGUGUAUACUCUUAUUUUGGUGAUUAAUGUCUCAGUUUAUAAAAGAUUUGAUCAGACUUUGUGGUUCUACACAGUAUAUAGAUGUAAUAUUUGCAGUGUGAGUAAUGACAAAGGUGCUGCCACCUCAGAGUAUUAAAAUUGGUGGUUGCAUCUUUGUAGUUGUAAGCAUAUGAUUGUGUUGUAACUUUUAAUCAAAAGGUUAAAUAGACUCCUAAUUUUUGCUUUGUAUUGUAUAA